AUAUUUUACACAUGAAAUAGAAAUACGAAUGUCAAAAUCUCUCACCAGAAAUCCUCGAUUAAAACCAGAACCCAAAAAAUGAUGAGAGCUCGUUUGCUCUGGUUCGCUCUCGGCUUCUCCUCCACCGGAGCUGCAAUUUCUCACCUUAUUUGGAGAGAUCUUAUUGUCGACCGCACCGCUCUUUCCUCUGAUGUGAUGCGAAAGUUUGCUGCUCUUGAAAGCAGAAUCGUGAACCUGGAGCAUUCUUAUCAGAAUCCCAAUCCGGCUGCUCAGGCCGAGGACUAGAUUUCUAUUGGAGCUUAAUGAAGUUAAAGCUGGCCUCUUUGUAUUGAGUUUAUUUGGCUUUUGAUGCCAGGUUGAACGUUAUUGUUUGUUGAAAUUACAAUGUGCUGACUCCCUAUACGGUCAAGUCCGAGUUUAUGUGACUAUUUUACUAAAAAUCACUUGCUGCUCAUAGCAUCAUGCACUACA